UCAGUUGAAGCAUGUCAAACACUACAAGUCGUUUCUCUUCGGAAAUUGGUCUGAAUAGAGAUUGAGGGGGAGACUGAGAAUGGCUACGUCAUCAUCUUCAACCGAGUUGGUCACAGAGCGAAGAGGAAUACCCGGAGCUCAGUUCGUUGAAGAUGUGCAGACCUAUCUCACUCAAACUGGUUUCGACUGUAACUCUGCCCUCGCUUUUCUCCAAGAAAGGCUUCAGCAAUACAAAAUGGUUGAAAUGAAACUUCAAGCUCAACAGAGGGAACUUUUGGCAAAGAUUCCUGACAUUGAGAAGUGCUUAGAUGUUGUUGCCACUUUGCAAGCUAAGAAGGGUACCGGUGAGGCACUUAUUACUGAUUUUGAGAUAUCUGAAGGGAUAUAUUCACAAGCUAGCAUCGAGGAUACUGAUUCAGUAUGUUUAUGGCUGGGAGCAAAUGUCAUGCUGGAGUAUUCAAGUGAUGAGGCUUCUGCUCUUCUGCGAAAGAAUUUAGAUAAUGCCAAAGCCAGUUUAGAAGUUCUUCUUGCUGAUCUACAGUUCUUGAGAGAUCAAGUAACAAUUACCCAGGUAACAAUUGCUCGGGUGUACAACUGGGACGUUCAUCAGCGCAGACUCCGACAAGCUUCCCCUUCUGCCCAGGACUCCUGAGUCGAAUGGUUACUACCACCCUGUUGGCAGUACGGUUCAACUCAAAGUCUCUCCACACCAUAUUGAUCAUCUUUUUAAUUGGUGGGAACAGUAACUCUUCAAAAUUUGCUCGCUAAGUUCCGUAUACCAUCUGUUGUGGUGGUAGAAUAUAUUAUGUCAUUAUAGGACCGGUUUUGAUAUAUGAUGGAAUAUGUUCAGCUUGUUCUUUAGCGCGUGCGAUUUGCUUUUUAUGGCAAUGUACGUUUCUGUCGUGUAACCAGCUAGAUUUGAUGCUCCAGUUGUCUUGAUGAAAUUUUCUCCUUCAUUUAUCCUGAUCAAUAUUAGUUGUGGUUUAAGAUGA